AUGGUCAGUGACAUUUUCCAGUCCACAAUCCACGAGCGGCAGCUGCGGGCGACGGUGACUGUCCCAAAUUUGCCGACUUCUUAUGCUGCCAUGCAAGCAACAGCAGGACCACCGCGCGUAGCACCUUCUUCAACGGCUGCUUCCUGGGCAAAGCAACAAGAUAACCCGUUGAUUCCACCAGACACUGACUCAAAUGCAACUCCAACAGAGGCCGAUCUGAGCGGGCCUCGCGAUCCAGGAGUAUCUGACGAGGUCUGGAACAAACUGCAAGCUGAUUUGAAACAUCACGAGGCACGAAUUAAUCAUGAUGCGGAGAUCAUUAGUAAAGAGAAGGCUUUGAGAAAGAAGCUGGAUAGUAACUCAGAGAUGCCGGACAAUAACGAGCGACGGCAAUAUGAGGAGCAUGUCAGGAGGCUUACUCAAAAGAGAGUUGAGAUUAAGGAGCAUAAGAAGAAGAAGGAAGAAGCUCAGCAAAAACUGCGGGAAAUGGGAGUCUGUCCCGUGGGAUAUCAGUGGAUUCCACAGGCAUCAGGCUACCGGUGUGCGGGUGGGAGUCAUUUUGUUUCAUCGGCGCAGCUGGGCUUGUAA